UAGAAACUGGAGAAGGAUUUUUUUUCUGCCUCCUAUCUGAAGAUGGUGCUCAAUCAGGCAACACCUGUGCCUAGAAAGCGGAUAAUACCUGUGGUUGAGCUUAAAGGGGUUAAAACCAUCGAGUACUGUGUUGCUAGAAAGGUUGGAAAGCGACGGGAAGCGUAGAAGAAAGAAAGUCCAGUUGCCUUUUGAAAAAAGCACCUUUGGGACAGCUGAACUUCCUCUUCCGGAUCACUCAUGGGAGGAGAGUGGUGUGCAGAGCGGGUUUUUUGCUCUUCUCAUGAUCGAAGCAGCAGCUGGAAGAUGACCAGGAUGGCAAUAAGAGCACUCUGGACAAGUGUAAAUAACGAUCAGUGUUGAUAAGGGAAGAAAAUCAAGCCAGAAAUCAAAAUAUUUUCCAUUUCCUGCAGAAAACCAUACAAAUCUGCUCUUCCUCCAGCAGCUAACAAAAGAGAGAAAAUUGAGAAAGAAUAAGCAGAUCAUGCAGAAUUAAAGGAUAAAUUGAAUGAGAGGUGAAUGUAGAUUUUAUAUCAUUCAGCAAAAGAGGGAUAUAUGUGGAAGUCCGUGGGGAGGAAGGCAGACAGUAAUGCAGGCCUCUCUCUGUGAGGAAGAAGAUGACUUAAAUGAAGCACCACUAAACAAGACAUUGUCCAUAAUUUUGACCUCCUCAAAUAUAUCAGCUUUGAAAAAGCUCCAUAGAUUUGCCUAUUGUGGGAAAAGCACAGAUUGCAAAUCACAACUGAUUAUGUACUAGAGGGGCCAGAAAGGAGAAAAUCCAUACAAAUUACCUGAAUGUGGCAAAAACUAUGGUCACAACAGCUCCCUUGUGGUUCAUGGAAGUCUCACCACACAAGAGGGAAGUGCUCCCAAUGUAAAUGUUUUAGUGAGCAUGGCAACAUGGUGCUACAUCAGAUAACUCACAGGAGGGAGAAAACGUAUGACUGCAGAUUGUGAGAAAGUUACAUUAGAAAUUCUCAGGUCUUGAGACACUAAAGGAUACACACACAGGAAUAAAACCAUUUGGACAUCCUUUCUGUGGGAAAAGUUUCAGUGAGAAUUCCACCCUAGUGAAGCACCCAAGACCACAAAAGUGAAACCAUUUGAAUGUCAUGAUUGUGGGGAAAAAUUUAGUCACAAUUUUAGUCUGGUGACACAUCAGUAGAUUGACUCCAGGGAGAAACUGUAUGAGUAUCCAGAUUGUGGGAAAAACAACAUUAGAAAUUUCCAUCUGAAGAGACACCAGACAACUCUCACAGAAGAAAAACCCUUUGAAUGUCCUGAUUAUGGGAAAGUCACAAUUCCAGCCUGGUGAUACAUCAGAAGACUCACAUAGGAGAUAAAUGCUUUGAAUGUCCUGAUUGUUGGAAAACUUUCAGUUAUGAUUCCAAUUUGUGAAACACUAGAGGAACCAUAAAGGAGAAAAACCCAUUCAAUGUUCUGACUGUGGGAGAGGUUUCAGUCAUAAUUCCCAUCUGGUAAUACAUCAGAGGAUUACUCCAUGGAGAAACUUUAUAAGUGUGGAGAUUGUGGGAAAAGUUUCAUUAGAAAUUCCCACCUCCUGAGACACAAGACUACACACACAGAAGAGAAACUCUUUGAAUGUCCGGACUGUGGGAAAAGAUUUAGUGAGAGUUUCAGGCUACGGAAACACCAGAUGACUCACACAGGAGAGAAGCCCUUUGAAUGUCCUAUCUGUGGGAAAACCUUUAAUCAGAAUUUCAAUCUGGUGACACAUCAGAGGACUCACACAGGAGAGAAACCCUUUGAAUGUCAUAUCUGUGGGAAAAGCUUUAAUCAGAAUGUCAAUCUGGUGAGACACCAGAGGACUCACACAGGAGAGAAACCCUUUGAAUGUCCUAUUUGUGGGAAAGGUUUUAGUUUUAAUUACAGCCUGGUGACACACCAGAGGACUCACACAGGAGAGAAACCCUUCAAAUGUCCUAUCUGUGGGAAAAGCUUUAGUGAUAAUUCCAGUCUUGUGGCACACCAGAGGACUCACACCGGAGAGAAACCCUUCAAAUGUCCUGAUUGUGGAAAAGGUUUUAGUCUGAGUUCCAGCCUACGAACACACCAGAGGACUCACACAGGAGAGAAACCCUUUGAAUGUCCUAUCUGUGGGAAAAGCUUUAAUCAUAAUUCCAAUCUGGUGACACAUCAGAGGACUCACACAGGAGAGAAGCCCUUUGAAUGUCCUAUCUGUGGGAAAAGCUUUAAUCAGAAUUCCAUUCUGGUGAGACACCAGAGGACUCACACAGAAGAGAAACCCUUCAAAUGUCCUAUCUGUGGGAAAAGCUUUAGUGAUAAUUCCAGUCUUGUGACACACCAGAGGACUCACACCGGAGAGAAACCCUUCAAAUGUCCUGAUUGUGGAAAAGGUUUUAGUCUGAGUUCCAGCCUACGACCACACCAGAGGACUCACACAGGAGAGAAACCCUUUGAAUGUCCUAUCUGUGGGAAAAGCUUUAAUCAUAAUUCCAAUCUGGUGACACAUCAGAGGACUCACACAGGAGAGAAGCCCUUUGAAUAGAAACCCUUCAAAUGUCCUAUCUGUGGGAAAAGCUUUAGUGAUAAUUCCAGUCUUGUGGCACACCAGAGGACUCACACCGGAGAGAAACCCUUCAAAUGUCCUGAUUGUGGAAAAGGUUUUAGUCUGAGUUCCAGCCUACGAACACACCAGAGGACUCACACAGGAGAGAAACCCUUUGAAUGUCCUAUCUGUGGGAAAAGCUUUAAUCAUAAUUCCAAUCUGGUGACACAUCAGAGGACUCACACAGGAGAGAAGCCCUUUGAAUGUCCUAUCUGUGGGAAAAGCUUUAAUCAGAAUUCCAUUCUGGUGAGACACCAGAGGACUCACACAGAAGAGAAACCCUUCAAAUGUCCUAUCUGUGGGAAAAGCUUUAGUGAUAAUUCCAGUCUUGUGACACACCAGAGGACUCACACCGGAGAGAAACCCUUCAAAUGUCCUGAUUGUGGAAAAGGUUUUAGUCUGAGUUCCAGCCUACGACCACACCAGAGGACUCACACAGGAGAGAAACCCUUUGAAUGUCCUAUCUGUGGGAAAAGCUUUAAUCAUAAUUCCAAUCUGGUGACACAUCAGAGGACUCACACAGGAGAGAAGCCCUUUGAAUGUCCUAUCUGUGGGAAAAGCUUUAAUCAGAAUUCCAUUCUGGUGAGACACCAGAGGACUCACACAGAAGAGAAACCCUUUGAAUGUCCUAUCUGUGGGGAAAGUUUUAUUAAAAAUUUGGAUCUGGUGAGACACCAGAGGACUCACACAGGAGAGAAACCUUUCAAAUGUCCUGAUUGUGGAAAAGGUUUUAGUGAGAGUUUCAGCCUACGGAAACAUCAGAGGACUCACACAGGAGAGAAACCCUUCAAAUGUCCUAUCUGUGGGAAAAGCUUUAGUGAUAAUUCCAGUCUUGUGACACACCAGAGGACUCACACCGGAGAGAAACCCUUCAAAUGUCCUGAUCGUGGAAAAGUUUUUAGUGAGAGUUUCAGCCUACGGAAACACCAGAGGACUCACACAGGAGAGAAGCCCUUUGAAUGUCCUAUCUGUGGGAAAACCUUUAAUCAGAAUUCCAAUCUGGUGACACAUCAGAGGACUCACACAGGAGAGAAGCCCUUUGAAUGUCCUAUCUGUGGGAAAAGCUUUAAUCAGAAUUCGCAUCUGGUGAUACACCAGAGGACUCACACAGGAGAGAAACCCUUUGAAUGUCCUAUCUGUGGGGAAAGCUUUAUUAAAAAUUUGGAUUUGGUGAGACACCAGAGGACUCACACAGGAGAGAAACCCUUCAAAUGUCCUGAUUGUGGGAAAGGUUUUAGUCAGAGUUCCAGCCUACGGACACACCAGAGGACUCACACAGGAGAGAAACCCUUUGAAUGUCCUAUUUGUGGGAAAACCUUUAGUCAGAAUUUCAAUCUGGUGACACACAAGAGGACUCACACCGGAGAGAAACCCUUCAAAUGUCCUGAUUGUGGAAAAGGUUUUAGUCACAGUUCCAGCGUACAGACACACCAGAGGACUCACACAGGAGAGAAACCCUUUGAAUGUCCUAUCUGUGGGGAAAGCUUUAUUACAAAUUCCGAUCUGGUGAGACACCAGAGGACUUACACAGGAGAGAAACCCUUUGAAUGUCUUUCCUGUAGGAAAGGUUUCUGUGAUCAUUCCAGCCUGGUGAAACACCAGAGGACUCACACAGGUGAGAAACCAUUUGAAUGUCAUAUCUGUGGGAAAAGCUUUAGUGAUAAUUCUAAUCUAGUGAGACACCAGGACUCACACAGGAGAGAAACCCUUCAAAUGUCCUGAUUGUGGGAAAGG